AUGCGGUUGCUCAACAUUCUGACCGCAGCUCUGCUGCCGCUCACAGCGCUCGCCGCGAAAAAAACACCUGCCGAGCGAUUCGACGCCGCCUGGGCGAAGCAGGUCGCUGCCGCCGGCCCUGCAAAAUUGACCGACAUCAGCUACGAGUCCCUCACCAAAGCGCCUCGUGACCACUCCGUCGCAGUACUUCUCACUGCUUUGGACGCUCGAUUCAGCUGUCAAUUGUGCAAGGAUUUCCAAUCAGAAUGGAAUCUCCUCGCGAAAUCUUGGAUUAAGGGCGACAAGGCGGCCGAGUCGAAGUUAUUAUUCGGAACAUUGGACUUCUUGGACGGCAAGUCUGUCUUCCAGGCGCUUCAAUUACAAAGCGCGCCAGUCAUUCUGCUGUUCAAGCCUACCAUCGGACCACAUGCGGACAACAACAACAACCCGGAGCGAUUCGACUUUGGAGGAGGUCAAAUUAACAAAGCAGAGCCAGUGCGCGAAUGGAUCGCUCACCAUCUUCCGAACCGACCACACCCUGCAGUCGUCCGUCCUGUCGACUACGUGAAGCUUGCGAUCAUCGGCACAGCAGUACUCGGCGUGGUGACCUUUGGCGCCACCGCAGGACAUCUCGUCCUCCCGAUCAUCCAGAACCGCAACCUCUGGGCUGCCAUCAGCCUUAUCUCUGUGCUGCUGUUCACCAGCGGCUACAUGUUCAACCAAAUCCGUAAGGUACCGUACGUAGCUGGAGAUGGAAAAGGCGGCAUCAGCUAUUUCGCUGGUGGCUUCUCCAACCAGUUCGGAGCAGAGACGCAGAUCGUUGCGGCAAUGUACGGCGUUCUCGCCUUCGCGACUAUCAGCCUGGCCAUAAAGGUACCGCGCAUGACCGAUCCUCGCGCUCAGCAAAUCGCAGUCAUCGCUUGGGCGGCAAUUAUCCUCGGCAUGUAUUCGUUCCUCAUCAGCAUUUUCCGGAUAAAGAAUGCUGGCUACCCGUUCUGGCUGCCGCCCUUUUGA